AAUUUUAAAAGAUGUAUUUUGUGAGAGAUUGGUUACGUGAAAAGGGACAUAUAGAUUCAGGAUAUACAGAUUCUUUGCAGCUUACUGAUCUGAGAAGCUGGCUACGUGAGAAUGGGCACAUAGACCCUUGCAGCUAGCUGAGCAAGGUCUCAUAAGACAAUGCACCACACAUCCUGUGUAACAACUGAAGUUACAGAAUAUUACAUGUAUCUUGCUCAGUAACUGAACUACUAUUGAGUCUUAUUGCUGAACUAUGGGUUUAUUUGCAGAUCCAGCAAGGUUAGGUUUUGGCAGCAAAACAAUGGACAUCUGUGGUUAGAAGGCCAGGGAAAAAGGCAGAACUGCUGACCACGAAAGGGGGUCUAAGGAGGGGUUUAGAAUCAGCUUAAUCCACAUGAACCACUUAGAAUGCGCCGUUACGAAUAUGCAUAAAGCUUAUUAUUGUUAGUAUAUAAGGAGUUCUGGUACAAUCAAUAAAUCGGAUUCCUGCUGAUCACUCAUAUUGAGCGUCUGGGUUUCCCCUCUAUCGCGACAUUCUGGCGCCCGAACAGAGGACGGAAAAAGGGACCGUAGAGACGGAUAACCUGCGUCCGUCAACCUGGGGGGAAUAGGGACCGUAGAGGCGGACAACCUGUAGCCACGGCACGAUAGAGAGUCUGCGUCGGUCCUGUAAGCAGCUCGGGAGGCUGCAGAGGUAGUGAAAAGUCCACACCUCCAAGCCCAGGAGCACCUACAGAGGAGUCCUGCUGGCCAUGCACCGCCGGGUCUUGCAAAGGCUGCAACAGCGCGCUGACGUUUAGGUAUGGCUAAGAGACAAGCGGUGUAUCAAUUGCUCAAAUGCUUUUUAGAAAAGCAGAGCACACCAGGGAUAGAUUGUAAAAAGGAUCUCCCUGGACUUUUAGAUUAUGGGGUUGCUAAGGGUUGUUUUAUUGAUCCGAAUGAAGUUUUUGAGAGGGAGCAGUGGAAAGUGUUUGGGGAUAAGAUAUUUGAUGCAGCUACGCAGGAUGAUAAGGUGGCUAAAAAGAUGAUGAAACCGUGGCGGGCAGUGAGUAAUGCUUUGGCACAGUAUGAGGCAGAGCAGAAGGCUGCAGCAGCCGCUGCGCAGCGCUUAGGAACGCCGCUUAGUCGGGAGAAGGACAUGGGUGAUAGCUGCCUGUUACCUCCCACAAUGAAUACUUUUACUAUGCAGACAGGAGAAGUAGUUUCAGAUUCUGUGUUUUCGCCUCCUGCAUCUCCCCAAGCUGUUAGUGCCCCCUCUGCAUCGUUAGAGCAUGAGUUAUUGCCUACAGCCCCACCGUUUGAACAAUCCCCCACAGCCCCCCCUCAACCGCUGCCGCCUGAGAGCCAGUCGGCAGCACUUUCACUCCCUUCUGAGCAAGCUAAUAGUUCGCUUAGUGUAAACACAGACUCAGGAAUUCAAGAGAUAGCUAAGGAACGAGAGGAAUUUUGGAGAGAGGUUGCUAAGAAUAUUGCUGCUGAGGGAGACAUAGAUUCUGCCAGAGAGUUUGUACAGGCUUUUCCAGUUGAAUUUUCACCUCCUAAUGCUCAAGGACAGAUCACUGUUAAUAUCAGACCUUUAGAUUGGAAAGUGCUUACCCAACUGCAAGCCACUGUUAAUGAAUCUGGGUUAAAAGGGGAACCAACUCGUCAAAUGCUUGAUUAUUUAUGGGGCUCUAUGCUCUUGCUACCGAAUGAUAUUAAAAAUAUCACUAAGCUAAUACUAACACAGCACCAGCGUAUGCUGUUUGGAGCUUACUGGCAGACUUUAUGCCAGCAGUCGGUAGCAACGCAGUGGGGAACAGGAGAUCCUUCACAUGGGGUAACUUUAGAGGAAUUAAUGGGUCUGGGAAAUUACACCCGGACAGAAGCACAGGCUCUCAUAAGUCCUGAUAAGGUUCGGGAAAGCAUGAAUUUAGCACGACGAGCAAUAGAUCAGAUUAAGCAACCAGGGAGAUUACCAUCAUAUAUGAGUAUCAAACAGGGAAGAGAUGAGCCAUUUAGUACCUUUAUAGAUCGCGUAGCAAACGCUAUUGUAGCGACUGGGCUUCCAGACUAUAUGCAUGGUAUUUUGCUUAAACAAUGCGCUAUCCAGAAUUGUAAUCCCACUGCACGUAGUGUGUUAGUUACUCUGCCUGCUACUUGGACUAUUGAGGAGGCACUAGAGAGAAUGUCACAGGUCCCUGUAGGUCCCCAAGCUAUGAUUGUUAAUGCAAUAAAGGAACUUGGAAAGGAACUGGGAAUAGGGAUGAAACAGCAGGCUGAGGUAGCUCAGAGGCAGAUUGAGGCAAAUCAGAGUCAGGUUUUAGUUGCCCUUGCACCUUUGCAAAAUCACCGGAGCGGGUCUCGACGACAGACCACCCGACUGCGACGUUUUCGCUGUGGAGCCUCCGGUCACAUGAGACGGGAUUGCAACGCUGGUAAUGUCUGGUGUCAGCAUUGCCGAUCGGACACCCAUGCCAGCACUGCCUGCCGGAGGUCGGGAAACGGGAAGUUGAGCGGGAAGGCCCGCCCCGCGAUGACACCAAAAGCGGCAGCAUACCCAGUGACCCGGGAAAUCAACACCUGCACACCUCUACCGACUCUGACCAGCACUUUCGUCUCCAGCCCGCAACCCGGGGGAGCCUCGGAUUGGAUUUGGCAAUCUCAAUAA